AUGCGUCUCGCUUCUGGCUUGCUGGUCUGUGACUACAAGAAAUCAAGCGCUGCUUCCAGCUUUGUAUCGAAUGUUUGCCAUCAACCCACUGUAAAUCAUACAAUCUUCUUGGACAACAUCCUCACCACAAUCAUCAUCGGCGAAGAUGAGGAACAAUUCCAUGUCCACAAGGCCCUUCUCUGCAGCAAAUCCGGAUACUUUGCAGCUGGCUACGGAACAAACAUGAAAGAAGCCACAUCUCACAAAUUCCACAUCACGGACGUCUCACCGCCAGCCUUCCGAUCACUGGUAACCUGGCUCUACACAGGCAAAGUAUUCCUGAAACCAGGUCAACAGCCAGCACUGCACAAAGUGCCCGAAUUUCAAAUCGAGCAAAGUGUUGUAGACGAGGAAUUCCCCGAACCAUGGGAUGACCCAGAGUACGAUGCCGUUUCAGAAACCCACCCAGAGAAGGACUACGAAUACGACGACGAUUCUUCAAGCGCCAGUUUUGCGUCCUCCGCAUCGUCAGACCAAAUCAACAUCCCCGUCGAGCGUACGCUUUCACAAGAGCGAGAGGCGAAAAUAGUCCAUGACCUCUUCCCCAACGCAGACCCGAAUGAUCUCGACUCCUAUCAAAUGGAACAUCUCAUACGACAACAAUCCGACUGGACGGAAGAAGCCAACUGGACAGAAGAAGCCGCUCCGUCCCUAGCCAAAUGGCAAUCCAUCCUCGACGCACAGAAGAAGUGGAAGCAGCUCGCAAGGGACGAAUCCACACAAGAAAACAGUCAAGAGGAAGACAAAGAAGAAGCUGUCGACAAUUUCGAUCGACUCCUGGACUUGUACAUUGUAGCCGAUCGAUUCGACGUGCCUCUCCUGCGGCGUGACGCGCUCAAUCACCUCGACGCUCAAAUGACUGGAUACCAUAUGAUCUUGACGGGUCAUGCACGGCCCAGCUAUGCGUUUGUCAUUAAAGCUUAUGAGAAUCUUCCAGAGGGCUGUGAUUUGCGGUCGUGGUUGGUGAAUGUUUUCGCUCAGGACUGGUCUCCUGUCGAAGAUACUGGGGAGGAGAGACGAGCAGCACGGUGUGAGUUGCCGCGUGACUUUCUAUUCGACCUUGCCUCUACGCUCGCGGAGCGUGGUUUGGCUCCGUAG